AUGGGUAACGUCUCGAGCAGGCCCGAUGAUGGCGCCUCGCUCUAUCUCAGGGACCAGAAUCGAUUAUCUAUCGCAUCGCUCGUCAUAAGCAAUAACCGAAAGCGCACAUCUAUCAUCAUCUCUCCCAAUGCAUUUCCCGCCACAAGAGUAUUAGCAUCGCGCCCCGCCGGCGACAGCGCCCCAGUUGAGUUUAUACAGGAUCCCGAGUCGGCGACAAACCCCGGCGCGCCUGCCUUCCUGCUGAAGCUCAGCAAUGAUGACGAGCUCAUGUUCACAUUUACCUUCAACGUCCGCCAAACACCGAUAGCGAGCCCCGACCCGAAUGGCAAUGCCGUGGACACCCAGAUUAAUGGCCUCACAUAUGUCUACGCGCCCACUUCCAAGGAAGUUGAGAACCUCGUCACACGGGAGUUCCACGCCGACCCGAACCUUCACAAGAACUCCAACGUCGAGCUGAUUGGCGACUUCACAACUGGUGGCAGCGGCUCUGUCACCUUCGACUGGGCUUGGAAGUGGAAACCCCCCAGAAAUGCUGAGGACUCAGGCGGUGGAUGGAGGAACUCCUGCAGCUUUGUGCAAUACGACUCGCGCGCGCAUGAGCUGCAGACCCUUGCCAGCUUCUCAUUCUGGGUCCAGAACGCUUCGCCCUACCUCAGCCAGCCCAGCUCCCCACCACCCUUUCUCCUGACCGUGCCACCAAGAAGCCGCGGUGCUUCGUCCCAGUCCGUCGAUUCGAGAAUAAGCACUCUCGAGAUUGACGAACCUGCUUCUCCGACUGUCACGGCGCACGACACUAACAAUGGGGUAUCUCCCUCGGUCACUACCGUAGCCGUCCCAGCCAUCCCGGCCAUCCCUAUUCCAGAGCCAGUAAAGGUCGAUGUUUCUUGUCCGAAGCCAAACGAAGAUGUGUCCGCAUCGGACGAUGGGCCUGUGUUCCGCGCGACAAUGAAGGCGUUGGAGCAAAAGACAGGGAACAUGCGAACACAGAUGAAGCGCAUGAUCAAGAAGGCUGAGGCCGCCCACGCAGCACAGAUCGAGGCAAAUGACGCCCAAGUGGCUUUCGUCGACUCUCUCAGAGGCGCAUCUUCUACAAACGCAAACGCGGUCCAGCCGGCCAUCGAACAUUACUUUGACAAGAUUGCGCGGGAGAUACUGAGCUACGAGAGGCAAAACACACUCAACCUGCAGAAGAUAGUGAUCGAGCCACUGAGCAAGCUGUACCAGAUCGACAUCAAGCAGGCCGAGGCCAAAAAGCGGGAUUUCGAGGAAGAAAGCAAGGACUUUUAUGCGUACGUUGGUCGAUAUCUCGGUCAGCGACAUGAUUCCGUCAAGGCCAAGCACAGCGAUACCAAGUACCAGACGAAGCGGCGCAAUUUCGAACUCAAGCGCUUCGACUACUCAUCGUUCAUGCAGGACCUAUCAGGAGGCCGCAAGGAACAAGAAGUGCUGUCACAUCUCACUAGAUAUGCGGAUGCCCAGGCUCGAGCUUACCUGCAGGCUUCCAAAAAGGUCGAAAGGCUCCUCCCGCAGCUCGAGGCUCUGUCGAGCGAGGUCCAGGUGGCGGACAAGGAGUACCAGUACCAACGACGAGAGCGCGAGGAGAAACGAAGGCUUCUUGAGAAGAGCAACCUCAACUAUGUAGAGCCAGAGUCCAUCCCCUCUUCCAUCUCAGGCAACAACGCGAACGGGAACACAUCCGACACGGAGAUGAGCAGGGCAGACAGCACGGGCUCACAGCUCAAGUCGAUUGCGAUCAGCAGCUCAAACACGCCAGCCCCAAGUGCUAGUGACCUCUCCAGGUCUCCAGGCAGCCUGAGCCACGCCAUGCUGGCCAGCCCGUCCCAGGGCUCAAAAUUCAAGGGAAUCCGGGACUUGGAAGAGCGCGACACGACUCAGACCGAGACGGAAUCGCAGAGGAAGGAAGGGCUCCUGUGGGCUCUGAACCGCCCUGGUGGCCACGUCGACCCUCGAAACUUGAAUAAGCAGGGCUGGCACAAGUUCUGGAUUGUGCUAGAUGGUGGCAAGCUCUCAGAGUACAGUAAUUGGAAACAAAGGCUCGAUUUGCACAUGGACCCCAUCGAUUUGCGAAUGGCAUCCGUGAGAGAGGCAAGAAAUGCAGAGCGACGCUUCUGUUUCGAAGUCAUCACCCCGCAUUUCAAGCGUGUAUACCAGGCGACGUCCGAGGAGGACAUGAACAGCUGGAUCACAGCGAUCAACAACGCGCUACAGAGCGCAGUCGAGCGGGGGUUGAAGGACCAGCCGGCACAUUCCAGCACACCGUCAAACGAAUCCGGGUCCUUUAGGAGAGACAUCGGGUCCAUCUUGACAGGCAAGAGUCCUUCACUUGGUCAUGCGCAGGCACACCCGCCAUCAGCGGCAGGUAUGCCAGGUCGUCGGACGACCGUGGGUGCUCGACCGCAGACCCGGGGAGGCGCCCCGACCGGCGGCACCUUUGACGAGAAUCCUGACAAGCUGCUCCAACUGCUUCGCGACAAUGACCAAGGGAAUUGCUGGUGCGCUGAUUGUGGUUCGGGGGCCAAGGUCGAAUGGGUAUCCAUCAACCUCGCCAUUAUCCUGUGUAUCGAAUGUAGCGGCAUCCACAGGUCACUAGGGACACACAUCAGCAAGGUCCGGUCGCUCACCCUGGACAUUACGUCUUUCACACCCGAUAUCGUUGAGCUACUCCUGCUCGUGGGCAACCGGGUCUCCAACAUGAUCUGGGAGUCGAGGCUGGAACCCGGCGUGAAGCCGUCGCCUCAGGCAACCCGCGAGCAGAGGCUCCGCUACAUUACCGCCAAGUACGUGGACAGGGCUUUCGUCGAGCCGAUCUCGUCAACACUGUCCAGGUACCCCUCUCCCGAUGACACGCUCCUCGCGGCCAUCAAGAAGAACGAGAUUCAGCAAGUCAUCUACGCCCUCGCCCUCCGCGCCAACCCCAACGUCGCCGACAAAUCCCGCGGCACUCAUCCCGUAUUCCUCGCCCUCGCCGCUGCCGACCCCGCCUCCCCAAGCCCAGCAGUUUCACCACAACCACCACCGACCGCUGACGCGAAGACUGUCCCGUUCCCCAUCGCCGAAAUGCUCCUGCAGAACGGUGCUGAAGUACCCGCUGGGCUGCCCGCAUUCCCGCUCAGCCGCAGCGCCCAGCUGUACCUCGAAAACAAGCGAGGAAAGUCAACGCACGGGUCAUUCCUGACAGGCAACCUCGGCGUUGACGGUGUGGGGAGCCUGCCCAUGACCGGCGGCGGAGCGAGCCCGCUGGCGUCCAAGGACAAGGAGGGCCGGAUCGCGAAGCGGGCCAGCGCGGGAGGCAGGCUGGCCAAGUCACCCAUUCCUGAGAGAUAG